AGAGGAGAGGAGAGGAGAGGAGAGGAGAGGAGAGGAGAGGAGAGGAGAGGAGAGGAGAGGAGGGGAGAGGAGGGGCAGGAUGCAGAAGCGGAGCUGCGACGUCUGAAGGUGAAAUGAACCUGAGGAGAAGCACACUGAGGAAGAAGUGGAGAUAGCAACGAAAAAACAACAACAACAACAACAACCGUCGGUGUCUUGAUCGGAACUGGUGCGUUUCCCCUCCUCGCUCUCGUGUCUCGUGGAUGCAACCAAGCGGACGCCGCCAGCCAAAGUAGACUCUCUUUUUUUCCCCUACUUCUUCUAUAUUCGAUCAGGAGAGAAGGAGAAGUUAACGCAAACAUGGCGACGUUAAUCCGGAGCAAACUGUCCAAUAAACUGUCCAACGCGGCCACGACCGUCACCAACAAAUCCCAGGCCAAAGUCAGCGGCAUGUUCGCCAGGAUGGGCUUCCAGGCCGCCACCGACGAGGAGGGGCUGGGCUUCGCCGCCUGCGACGACCUGGACUACGACCACCGGCAGGGCAUGCAGAUGGACAUCCUGCAGCGGGCCGCCGACGACAAGGCGGAGGGAGGAGGAGGGGGCGACGGCGGCCGCGGCGACGACGGCGGCCUGGAUGGGGACAGCCACUACCAGCGGGACGGCACCGGCCCGUCGCGCUCCUCCUCCAAGGACGGGGCUUCCAACAGCGACCAGUCGGAGGCCAGGCCCAAGAUCACGGCUUGGGAGGCGGGAUGGAACGUCACCAACGCCAUCCAGGGGAUGUUCGUCCUGGGUCUGCCCUACGCCAUCCUGCACGGGGGCUACCUGGGCCUCUUCCUGAUCAUCUUCGCCGCGGUGGUGUGCUGCUACACGGGCAAGAUCCUGAUCGCGUGCUUGUACGAGGAGGACGAGGACGGGCGGCCGGUGCGCGUGCGCGACUCGUACGUGGACAUCGCCAACGCGUGCUGCGCGCCGCGCUUCCCGGCGCUGGGCGGCCACGUGGUCAACGUGGCGCAGAUCAUCGAGCUGGUGAUGACGUGCAUCCUGUACGUGGUGGUGAGCGGCAACCUGAUGUACAACAGCUUCCCCAGCAUGCCCGUGUCGCAGAAGUCGUGGGCCAUCAUCGCCACGGCGGCGCUGCUGCCGUGCGCCUUCCUCAAGAACCUGAAGGCCGUGUCCAAGUUCAGCCUGCUGUGCACGCUGGCCCACUUCGUCAUCAACGUGCUGGUGAUCGCCUACUGCCUGUCGCGGGCGCGGGUGUGGGCGUGGGACAAGGUCAAGUUCUACAUCGACGUCAAGAAGUUCCCCAUCUCCAUCGGCAUCAUCGUCUUCAGCUACACGUCGCAGAUCUUCCUGCCGUCGCUGGAGGGCAACAUGCAGAAGCCCGACGAGUUCCACUGCAUGAUGAACUGGACGCACAUCGCCGCCUGCAUCCUCAAGGGCCUCUUCGCCCUGGUGGCCUACCUGACGUGGGCCGACGCCACCAAGGAGGUGAUCACGGACAACCUGCCGCCGGGCAUCCGCGCCGUGGUCAACCUGUUCCUGGUGGCCAAGGCGCUGCUCUCCUACCCGCUGCCCUUCUUCGCCGCCGUGGAGGUGCUGGAGAAGAGCUUGUUCCGGGAGGGCGGCCGCGCCUUCUUCCCGGACUGCUACGGGGACGACGGGCGCCUCAAGUCGUGGGGCCUGAGCCUGCGCUGCGGCCUGGUGGUGUUCACGCUGCUCAUGGCCAUCUACGUGCCGCACUUCGCGCUGCUCAUGGGCCUGACGGGCAGCCUGACGGGCGCGGGCCUCUGCUUCCUGCUGCCCAGCCUCUUCCACCUCAAGCUGCUGUGGAGGAAGCUGCAGUGGCACCAGGUCUUCUUCGACGUGGCCAUCUUCGUCAUCGGCGGGAUAUGCAGCAUCUCCGGCUUCAUCCACUCCAUGGAGGGGCUCGUGGAGGCCUUCAAGUACAACAUCGAGGAGUAGUACGCUCCGAGCCCGAAACGCGCGGCGCGCCCUCCUUUUCUCGCUUCUGUUCAUGCGUCAAAGCGCACGCUCGCAACCAUCCGGUCUUGCGCACCGCACCGCUCUACGCCCUCCUGUCACGAGGCCUUGCGUUAAUACGAAAAAACAAAAACGAAACAAAACAAAACAAAAAAAAAAACAAUAUGCAUUAGUCUGAUGUGGGGAUACCCAAUUCAUUGGCUUUGUACAUCCAUGAAAACAAACAAUAGUUUGCCUUCUUCCCCUUAAUCUGCUUGACUGCCUAGCAAUAUUAAAUGAGAAUUUGCAAUAAGAUAAAUCAUCCACAGCCACCACCACCCCCCCCAAAAAAAAGCCCAAACACAAUGGCAACAACCAGCACUAGAAACAUAAAUCUUAAAAAAAAAAUUAAAAAAUAAAAAAAAAAAAAGACACAACGGAAAUGAUCAGUUUCUUUCAAGUUGCUAUUUAUGUUCGAGUAAAACGAAUAUUUUUGCGUUUACUGACAAAAUAACUCUCAAUUUGGAGCACUUAUUUGCAAAAAAAGGGGGGGGGGGGGGUGAAAUAGUCAAAAUACCAAAAAUGGUCGGGUUUUUUUUGGGGGGGAGGGGGAUUAUUUUCCCCCAGAAUUGAUGCCUAGUCAAUAAAAGUACAGUAGGAGAUUGGACCUUAGAAGCAGCUAUUCAAACUAUGCAUUGAAUGUAUAAUAGUUAGCACACACACACACAAGAACUACAACCUGGAAGGGGAUAUUUAAAUAGUCAUUUUGUUUUUAAGUAGAUUGGAUAAAUUCGCACCUUUUCUUCAUGUCUUUGAUUGGCAGUUCCCAAAUCCAAAGCCUCCCUCCGCGCAUACAAAAUGCUCUUUGUCAUCACAUUCCAAACACGUGGCCUGUUAUCAACAUGAAUUGAUCAAUUCGGUGUAUGGUUAAAAAAAAAAAAAAAAAAAAAAAAAUCUUAAUUUAAAGGAAAAGAGAGUGAGGAAAACGUGCAUAUGGACAUUUUUCAUUUUGUGCAAUCAAAUGGGGUCCUGUGGAAAUGUUAUUUAAAAAAAAAAAAAAAGAAAAAGAGAAAAAACAAACAAACGUACGUGUAGUGUGUUUAUUAUUGUGGUUUCAAAACAGAUGGAAUGUAUAUCUCAAAGUCGUUAUCAUAUUGUGGAAAUAAACAUGAUUAAAAUAAGUGAAAUUAUACUGUAAAAAAAAUCGUGUGGUCUUAUGUAACGCUAAAAAGGUCAGAACAUGUAUUUUUUUUUCUCAGUAAUAAAGGACAGAAAAUGA